ACCACAGGCAUGGCGGGAAGUUAUCCGUCUUGAAGGUUACUGCAGGCGAUAGGCGUCAUCUGUCAUAUAUAAAGUCCUGGACACCCACUUGUUCCAUCAUUUUGUCCUGCUCUUCAAGCACUCAACUCCUCCAGAUAUGCGUUUUCUGGCAGUGUUGGUGUUGGCGUUGAUGGCUGGUGUUUGUUAUGGCGGACUCAUUGGUGGGGUUUUGCCACUUGGUUUGGGUAUUGGCGGCCUUGGUGGAUAUGGCGGCGGCUACAAUGGUUUUGGAGGCUUAGGCGGCUAUGGGGGAGGAUUUAAUGGAGGAUAUGGUGCCAAAGGAGGACACACCUUCGUGCUGAGCAAGAGCCACUCGUUUCCUGUCAGUAAUGGUUGUGUUGGCGGUGACGGCUGGUGUUUACAGUGGACCAGUCGUUCUGGGCCUUGGACAUCCUCUUGGUGGUGGUGGUGGGAUUGGUGGUCUUGGUGGAUAUGGUGGAUAUGGUGGUGUUUUGAACGGCUUUGGAGGACAAGGCGGCUAUGGUGGAGGAUUUAAUGGUGGAUUUGGUAGCCAAGGAGGACAUACGUUCGUACUGAGCAAGAGCUACGGUAAGACUGAAACAUUGUCCAACGUUCUUCGUACUGCGGAUGUAACUAUAUCCUUUCUUAAUAUUUAUAAAUAAGAUAUCUUACUUUUUAUCUUAUGAUGUACCUCUUUGUUUACAGGAAGUACUGGAGGUUAUGGCCUGGGCGGACAGCUUGGAUUUGGCAAAAAUGGUGCACAUCUCGGAUUUGGCAAAGGUGGAUACGGUGGACUUGGGUUAAGUAAGUACCGCGGAUUUGGCAAAGUUGAAUACGGUUGAAUGACCCAUAAUGGUUAGUACCUUAGCUUAAUAUAUCAUUGGUUGACAUAAUGGUGAAUUAAUUUGAUACCGUAAUAAGUCCAUAUUUCAUGAUUUCAGACUUCGGGAAGUAAGUUUUCCGU